AUGUUGAGGCGAGACAGAAUCUGCUUCCCCAGAAAGGAGGUAUGUGAAGAGUCUUUGUUCUCUGGGAUUGAGAUGGUGAGUGUGGGAGUCAGCACAGAGCCCUGCCAUGCUAGGUGGGAGGUAGAGACAGAUGAAGUUGUUCUACAGCGGCGGCAAAAACAGAUAGAUUAUGGCAAGCGCACACCUGGUUACCAGUGUUUCCUGCAGCAGGUCCCCAAGGCAAAGCGACAGCCAGGACUUCACCCUCAAACACCAAAUAAGAACAGGAGGUACAGCCGUCGCUCGUGGGAUGCCCAAAUCAGGCAGUGGAGAAGAGCUCUACAUUCUUGGGACCCCCCCAGCCAGCCUCUGCAGGGCAGGGGGGCUGAGGGGCAGGGGAUGGAGCAUCUCUUAGAGCCAAUGGGUUCCACCCCUUUGGAUGACCUUUUGGAUGACUGGUUCCAGGCCCUAGAACCCUCAACGAAUCUGGAUGGAGACCAGAAGGGAGCCCAGUUUGCAGACUUGGUGGCUCCUGCCUACUCCCUUCCCUGGCUCUGUGAGGAAGAUCCCCACCACUGGUGCUACUUUGUAGCUGACAGUUACAUAUCUGUCCUAGACUUGAGUGGGGCACAAAAUAUUUAG